CUGGGAGGGUCGCGGUGAGAGUGGUGGCAGGCAGUGGCGGCGGGCGGGCAGCACAGAGCCAGGCGCUCCCUCGGCGACACCGUGUAAGUGUGUGUGUGGACAACGGGACGGCGCUGACAAUGGACAACAACCACCGAUAGACAGCUCGUCCCCUCCCCCCGAGCGGAACGGACAACAGUCGAGCACAAUGGACGAACAAUCGAGGUCGUCCCCGAGCAGAAGGGAGAACAAACGCGCUCGUUCCUGAGCUGAACGGGCAGCAACGGCGUUCGCUCCACACACUGGAAUGGUGCAGGGAGCCGUGUUCGCUUUGCGCACUCGGCAACAGGCGGAGACAAUGGAGAUACAGCAGAUGUGCACAAAAUUAUGCCAACAUAAACGCCAUGAUCUGAAGGAUGAUGUUUCUGAGAAACAGUGUCCAGUUACUGUGAAUCCUCGUCAUAUGAAAAAAGCUUUUAAAGUCAUGAAUGAACUGAGAAGUCAGAGUCUUUUGUGUGAUGUAACACUUGUAGCUGAAGACACCGAGAUCCCAGCGCACAAAGUGGUUCUGGCAGCCUGCAGUCCAUACUUUCACGCCAUGUUUACAGGUGAAAUGAGUGAGAGCAAAGCCAAGAGAGUUCGCAUUAAGGAAGUGGACAAAUGGACAUUGAACAUCCUUAUUGACUAUGUUUACACAGCUGAAAUUCAGGUCACAGAAGAGAAUGUUCAGGUGUUGCUUCCAGCAGCAGGGCUCCUGCAGCUACAGGACGUUAGAAAGAGCUGUUGUGAUUUCCUGGAGUCUCAGCUUCAUCCAACCAAUUGUUUAGGAAUUCGAGCUUUUGCUGAUAUGCAUGCCUGCACUGAACUCUUGAAUCAAGCCAACACGUAUGCAGAGCAGCACUUCUCGGAGGUCGUGUCGGGAGAGGAAUUUCUCAACCUUGGUAUAGAUCAAGUAUGCGGCCUGAUCGCCAGCGAUAUGCUCACCAUCUCUUCCGAAGAAAAGGUGUUUGAAGCGGCCAUUGCCUGGGUAAAGCAUGAUAAGGAGCCUCGACAGGAGCACGUGGCACGACUAAUGGAGCAUGUCCGACUACCCCUUCUUACACGUGAAUAUCUGGUGCAGAGAGUGGAAGAGGAAAGCCUGGUCAAAAAUAAUAAUGCAUGCAAAGAUUAUCUAAUUGAAGCUAUGAAGUAUCAUCUGCUUCCCGCUGACCAGCGCGCAUUGAUGAAAACCACCAGGACAAGGUUAAGAACACCAGCCAGUGUCCCAAAGGUGCUGGUGGUGGUUGGUGGUCAGGCACCAAAAGCUAUUCGCAGUGUGGAGUGUUAUGAUUUUGCUGAGGAGCGUUGGUACCAAGUUUCUGAGCUUCCCUCUCGAAGAUGCAGAGCAGGUGUGAUGUGUAUGGGCGGGUUAGUCUAUGCUGUUGGCGGUUUUAAUGGAUCUUUAAGGGUGAGAACAGUUGAUUCUUAUGACCCAGUCAAAGACCAGUGGUUCAACAAUGCUAACAUGCAGGACAGACGCAGCACGCUGGGAGCGGCAGUGCUGAAUGGAAUGCUCUAUGCAGUUGGAGGAUUUGACGGGAGUACAGGUUUAUCAUCUGUGGAGGUGUAUAAUGCCAAAGUGAAUGAGUGGUUUCAUGUAGCACCAAUGAACACCAGGAGAAGCAGUGUAGGUGUAGGUGUUGUAGGUGGUGUGCUGUAUGCUGUUGGUGGCUAUGAUGGAGCAUCGCGGCAAUGUCUCAGCUCUGUGGAGGCCUACAACUCUGCCAAAAAUGAAUGGGCUUAUAUUGCAGAGAUGAGCACCCGACGCAGUGGAGCAGGUGUGGGAGUUUUAAGCGGUUCACUCUAUGCUGUUGGAGGCCACGACGGCCCACUGGUGAGGAAAAGUGUAGAAAUGUAUGAGGUGUCCUCAAACACCUGGAAGCAGGUUGCCGACAUGAAUAUGUGCAGGAGGAAUGCAGGUGUUUGUGCUGUAAAUGGUCUAUUGUAUGUUGCUGGUGGAGAUGAUGGCUCAUGUAACCUUGCAUCAGUGGAAUAUUACAACCCAGCAUUAGAUAAAUGGAUACUUCUACCACAAUGUAUGAGCACUGGAAGAAGCUAUGCAGGUGUUACAGUAAUUGACAAACCUUUAUGACUAAAGAUUGCUGGAUUUGGUGAAUUCUGGAUUCUUCAUUGAAACGGCACUUCAUGAAGUAGCCCAACUUUUUAGCACUUGCUAAUGGCCACAUUAGAAGCAAGCAUUUAAAGGAGUGUGGAAAAUGACAGACAACCAUGCCUUGUCAGCAAGCACAGAAGAUUACGAUGAUUGCACUUGAUAGAAGCACUACAUGGAAAGGGACUACAUUACAACUACUAGUAAGUAGUGUUAGAGUGGAGUUUUGAUGUAUAGGAUUUGAAAUUUUAAAAGCUGCUACAGAAAUACUGACUUUUGCCAGGCAAAAAUGGAUUUGAGCAUUACGUCUAAGAAACCAGCACAUUGUUAUGAAUUCUACAGGUUAUGGCCUCACAAAUUUUGUGAAAAGGAAGCAGUGUAAUGGUUACAAAUGUGUUGCAGCAACUAAGUUGCUUCCAUAUGCCUGAUUAUAUGGACGUUGAUUUGUAAGGUGCCAACAGGUGUAUUUGGGUUCCAGGACCAUAAUUUUGUCUACUGUAUGCUGUUGGCGCAGCACGUAAGGACUUGAUAAAAAUAUUUUUAAUUUAUUUUUGAUUUGGUACGGCGAAAAUGCCAGUUGAGAGAAGUAGUAUUUGUAGACGAGGAGUGUUUAACAACACGUUAUCACUUGCGACGGAAAAUAAAGACAGUACCAAAUCUUUUAAAUGCAUUUUGAAUUUUAAUAAUGUUGUUCGAUUAAUAUAAAUGCAGGAAAAUUUUGAACUGUAUAAUUUGUUGCUUGUUUUAUUAAAUCAUGCCCCCAUUUUGAUGCAUUCCUACAUUUCUGUAACUCUUGGUUUACUUGAGAUAGUUCUUGGCAUGAAGAAUAUUGUUGCAAGUUUAUAUUACUAAAUUUGUGUGCAUUUUUCUUGAAUUGCAUGUAGUAUUGCCAAUGUACAGUAUAUUUAUGUAUUGGUUACAUUUUGCUGCUGUUCACUUUGUGUAACACGCCAGUUUUGAUUCUGCAUAAAUGCUGUAUGAAUUUAAUACUGAAUUUAUUUGUUUGGGAAGGGAAAGUGUUCCUGCAUUACACUAAAUCUGUUUAAAUAAAACUUUCUAUUGUGUUUGA